AUGGCAACCUACUCCUUCGGUUACUACAGAGUUCGAACGGCGUCCAAGCCCCAGUCUCCGGUAGACCAAGCUCAAACCGUUCGAACGCGAGACCGACAACAAGCCACUCGAGGACUUGCAACCAUACCUAACAACGUGACCAGCAACAUGACGGAGUUUUCUUUCCUAGGAGCCGCCGAGCGGAGCCGAGUUCAAGCUGCAGCUGCUGGUACAGCCUCAGGUACGUUCGACUUCACCUUCUCUCAUGAUGCUACUAGUACUGGAGCUGCUCCAUCGUCAACUUUGUCCGAAGACUAUUGGCAUACCGUCCUGGGUUACCAGCCGGGCUCAAGAGUCGUCGCAACUCCAGCUCAUGGUCACGGCGCCUUCAUCACUCUCCGUGUCCAAAGCCUGCGUCAAGCACAGCCACAGCCACAGCCAGCUAGUACUAGCAGUGCUCGACAAGCCCGCCCUGUCCUGAGCCUGAUCAUCCCCGACAACGCGGCCGAGGUUUCCGCAUUCUCUUGGUCUUCUGAUUCCGAUCAUCCUGACGCCGGUGCUUAUUCCGCAUCCGAGUAUGGAGACGACUUGGACAGUGACGAUCUGUCAAUGCACGAUGCUGUCGAGUACCAAGACGAAGACAUCGAAUCUCUCCGGCUCCAAGUUCAAGAAUCCCGCCGUCCCGAUGAAGGUACGUACUCUCCCUGGGCGCGUCAGCUCUUGGAUCCAUGGACCCCUGUUGUCUACGAAGACGAACACGAGGACUUUGGAAUUCUGCCCUAUCAUGAAGACCAAAAUGAGUACCUUCCAACUCUUCCCGUCUAUCAAAUCGCAGACGAAGCCUCACCCGACCUCGGAUCUUUGCCCGAUCUUGAAUAUGAAGACCAAGACCCGGGCCAGGCCGACUAUGAAGACGAAGACCAAGACGAGCCCCUUACCCCUCUGCCCGACUAUGAAGAAGACCAAGACGCUGACACUCACACCUGGUGGCAGAUGAACUGGGCUGUCUUCCCAGGCAAUGGCAACCUGCGCUCGGACACCAAUGGUUGGUAA